AUGCGUGUGGCGCAGUGGCGGGGGCGGGCGGUGCCGCUGGGCGGGGGGGCGAUGGCGGCCGCGCUGGGUCUGUCGUCCGCGCCGGGCUCCGCCGCCGUGAGCGAGCUGUGCCAGAACGGCCGCGAGAUCUUCCUGGAGGCGUCGCGCCUGCUCCUCACGUACGCCGACAACAUCCUCCGGAAUCCAUAUGAAGAAAAAUAUAGAUUAAUUCGUAUUGGAAAUCCAGCAUUUUCCACAAGGCUGUUGCCCGUCAGAGGAGCAGUUGAAUGUUUAUUUGAAAUGGGGUUUCAGGAGGGAGAAACUCAUCUGGUUUUCCCUAAGGAAGCUUCGAUUGAGCAACUACGUAAAAUCAGAGACUUAAUUGCUGGAGAGAGAAGCAGCAGACUGAAUGAGUCAAACCAAAUCCCCAAAUCAGGAUCCGCUGAAACUGUCAGCAGCACUCAGACAGCUGCACAACGGCCUUCAAGACCUCCCGACUCUGUUCUUGCCCCUGCCCGUCAGCGACCAGAAACGUCACUUGUGCAAUCUCUUGAAAUGGCUGCAAAUAUCUUGAAAACACUUCAAACAAAAUUUGAGGAUCUUGUAUUGAUGUAUGAGAAUCCUUCUAUUCAGCAGAAAGCACUAGCUGCAAUUCCCCUCCAGGAAUUAAAGAACAAGGCUCAGAAAAAGCUAUCACAAGCUACAAGACUGGACAAAGGUGCACAUGUGAAUGAAGAGGAUUUCCUAUUGUUGGAGCUUUUGGACUGGUUUAAGACUUGCUUUUUUCAUUGGGUAAAUAGUCUUCCUUGCAGCAGGUGUGGUGGGCAGACAGAGCCUAAAAGUGACUACCUGUUGCCUACUGAGGAUGAUGUAAGGUGGAAUGCCAGUCGAGUGGAAAACCACUACUGCAACCAGUGUCAGUUCUCUAAUAGAUUCCCAAGGUACAACAACCCUGAAAAACUUCUGGAAACAAGACGUGGACGCUGUGGCGAGUGGGCAAACUGUUUUACACUGUGUUGCAGAGCUGUAGGGUUUGAAGCGAGAUAUGUCUGGGACUAUACAGAUCAUGUGUGGACUGAGGUAUAUUCUUCAUCUCAGAAAAGAUGGCUUCAUUGUGAUCCCUGUGAAAAUGUCUGUGAUAAGCCUCUUCUCUAUGAAACUGGAUGGGGAAAGAAGCUCUCCUACAUAAUUGCAUUCUCCAAAGAUGAGGUUGUUGAUGUCACCUGGAGAUACAGCUGUAAACAUGAAGAAGUACUCUCUAGAAGGACAGCACUCAGCGAAGCAACGCUACGUGAGACAAUUAACGCACUAAAUAGAACGAGACAAAAGUCUUUGUCAGAAAGUAGAAAAAGAGAGCUCUUGGAAAGGACUAUUGUGGAGCUUGUUGAAUUUAUUUCUCCUAAAACACCUAAACCUGGAGAAUAUGGUGGAAGGACAUCAGGCUCAAUGGCUUGGCGAAUGGCCAGAGGUGAAAUUGGUCCAGAGAAAAGAAAAGAAGUACUUUUUAUUCCCUCUGAAAAGGAGAAGACAUCUAAACUCUUCCACCUCAUCUACAAUAUAGUAGAUGAUAGUUAUACACGGAUUUCCAAUAACAAUGAAAAAAUAAGUGGCUGGGAAGCAGGUGUUUGGAAGGCAGAAUCUGUUUGGAGAAAAGUUGAAACAGAUUGGAAAAUGGUUUAUUUAGCCCGAAAAGAAGGGUCAUCCUCUGCUUCCAUCAGCUGGAAGUUUGAGUGCAAGUCAGUCGGUCUAAAAAUAGAUAACAUUUCAGUUAGAACAAGCAGUCAGACUUUUCAGAGUGGAAGAAUACAGUGGAGACUUUGCUCUCCAAAAGCAGAAAUUGCUCUGAUGGGAGAUAAAAAUCUUUGCUCCUAUUCAGAUUUUUCUGGUGCAACGGAAGUUAUGUUGGAAGCAGUUCUAAAUGGAGGGGAUGGUGAAGUUGCAUGGCAACACACACAGCUGUUUAGAGAGAGCUUAACAGGAUGUGGAGAAAAUUGCUUGGAGAUAAUUAUAAAGCUCAGUGACCUCUGAGAAUCUGAACUGCAGAGAUGUACUUUGGAUUCCUCAAAGACAUUAUACUAUGGAUACAACAUGAAGAUUUGGUUGGCAAUUCUUCUUCAUCCUGCU